AUGUCCGCUAUUGCGGAAAUAAUAAAGACUAGGCAAAAAAGAUUAGAAGCGUAUGGUUUUCCACUACAGCCGUUCGGUACAAUAAUUGGAAAGGAACAUCAGCAAUACUGCAUCAUACUGCACGGUAAAAAAUAUCUAGUUCAAUCUUCCAUAAGAGUUUUGGAACUUUUGUACAAAUCAAUUCAUGCUCUGAAUUUGGAAUAUCCGCCAGAAUUGACAAAGGCUGUUCCGAUAAUAAGCACCACGGGGAUAACUGAAGGAAUGGUGGAAAAACUCAAAGAAAACAUUGGAUUGCACUUUGGACGUGUAGAGGCCAUUGACCUUGAGGUAAAACCACCUAAUAACAGAAAUGGCAUCAAAGAGCAUGGCGAAAUAUUAACAAAAAUGCUUAAACAACUCGAAGAUCGGGUGGAAGAGCAAUCUCAGGUAAUAAAGCACCUGAUUUCGCAAAAUAGUACAAGAAGUGAGGUUAACACUACACCACCUUCUUCUUCUUCUUCUAUAUCCAUAGACAAGCGAGCGGACAACAGUGUAAAAUUUAAAAGUAGUUCAAGUGUUCUAAGUAAAUCUGGCAACACCGCUGGUAAUAAGAACAAGACAGAAGAACAACAAACUGUCAAAAAUAAAAAUGAAGUUAAAAGUAAACAAAAUGGUAUUUAUCCAAAUAUUAUAAAAGGAACUGCCGAAAUUGCAGAAGAAGAUAAAUUUAAGGCAACGCCAAAAAAAGCUUGGCUCUAUAUUGGCAGGGCACAACCAAACACAUGUGAGAAAAGAUUAACAAACUACCUGAAAAAAAAGUUUCCAGCAGAAACUUUUGAAGUAGAAGAACUAAAAAAGCAUGAAAAUAAUACAAACAAAAAUAAGUCUUUCAGGAUUGGCUUUGAUUUUGACUUAUUGAAGUUAGUCUUAAAGCCCGAGGUUUAA